CCGCACCACACCCACUUGUUCUGUGACCAUCAAGUGUACUAGACAUGGCAGAAGAACAGGAGAACAUUCCCCCGUCAUCACCCCCCGCCUCGCGCUUGCCGGCUCCCGCGAAGGCGACGGGCAUUCCGCUCCCUGCCGGCAAGCCUCUGGCGGCCGCGACAACAGUAGUCGGCAAGCGCAAGUCACCCACCGCAGACCUGCCGCCCGCCAAGCGGUUAUCUGGUGGUGGUACCACCGGCAUCAAACCGCCAGCGAAGGCGCGGGCGGCAGCGGCAGCGGCAGCGCCCCCCACUCGGCCGGAGACACGGUCCAGCAGCCGUAACGGGAUGCGCCCGGCCACAGCUGCUGGGGCACGAACAGCGCCUGCGCGGCCACCUGCCGCUACUCGUCCCGCAGCGCGGCCUCCAGCCACCCGUGCGCCAGCGACUAAGCCUGCGCCGAAACCCGCGACAAAGACUGCGCCUGCUAAGCCCCCGGUGGCCGUCAGGCCGCGGGCAGGCAUCGGCGCCACUGCAGCCACAGCAAGACGACCGGGCGCGCCGAGCCGACCAGCCGCCCGAGGCUCAGCAAGCUCUACCCAAUCUAGCCAAGAUGACCCCGACAAGCUGCGCGAAUACAUGGGCGACUUUGGCAAGACGAUAACCGACAACAUCCAAGCACUGCUCGAGCAGGAGCGCGAGCGCUUGGCGGCGCUACAAGGCCACCGGGCGGAGAUGCAGACGACGCUGCUCACGGCACAAAGCGAGGAGCGGGAGGCGCGGCGUGCGCUCGCGAACGCGAGCGAAGAAAAGGCGGCGAUGGCGGCGCGGCACACGCGCGAAGUGGAAGACUUGGAGCGGCAGCUCGAGCGGCGGGAACGCGAAAAGCGGGCGCUGGAAGACGAGCUCGCGCGCAACCUCGACGAGCUAAGCCGGGAGCGCGCGGUCGCGCGCGAGCUACGCACCGAGCUCGCCGAGCAGGCGAGGCGGCACAUGGGCCUCAACGCGCAGCUGACGGCCGCGCAGGCGCACGCCACGCUCCUGCAGGCCGAAGUCGAGCGGGCCGAGAUCGCGGUCAGCGCGAGCAAGGCCGAGGCGGAGGGAUAUCGCAAGCGUUGUGAGGAGGCGGAUUUGGGAGCCGAAGAGCGUAUCCGCCUCGCGCAGGCCGAGUGCGAGCGCCGCGUCGCGGAGAUCGAGGACGAGCUGCGCGCGGCGGAAAGCAUCCGCCGCAAGCUCCACAACCAGGUGCAGGAGCUCAAGGGCAAUAUCCGGGUGUUUGCGCGCGUGCGUCCGGCUUUGGCACACGAGCGCGACGCGCCCGACGGCCUCGCGGACAUUGCGUACUGCGACGAGCGUGUGGCGGCCGAAACCGGCCAGAGCCACCUCACGGUGCGGUCGCGCAGCGAGAGCGCGAUGGGCAAGGAGCGCGAGCAGGCCAUCACGUUCAACUUUGACAAAGUGUUCCAGCCGAAGCACGGGCAGCGUGAGGUGUUCGAGGAGAUCUCGAUGCUCGCGCAGAGCGUGUUGGACGGGUACAACGUGUGUAUUUUCGCGUAUGGCCAGACGGGCUCGGGCAAGUCGUGGACUAUGGAGGGCGGCGAGGGCUUGCAUGCCGGCAUGAUUCCGCGCGCGAUCGACAUGAUCUUUGCUGAGAGCGCCAAGCUCAAGGACCGCGGGUGGACGUACGCGAUGGAAGGCUCGUUCCUCGAGGUGUACAAUGACGAGAUCAACGAUUUGCUUGGGAGCGGGCAGUUUGACACGAAGAAGCACGAGAUCAAGAUUGACAAGGACAAGAUGACGGUGACGGACACGGUGUCGCUUCCGCUCGCGAACCCCGCACAAGUCUCGUCGCUGCUGGAAAAGGCGCGGUCGCGGCGCGCUGUCGCCGCGACGCUGAUGAACGAGCGCUCGUCGCGCUCGCAUUCCGUCUUCGCGCUCAAAGUGCGCGGAUGGAACGACGCGACAGGCGAGGAGAGCGAGGGUAUCCUCAACCUCGUCGACCUCGCUGGAUCGGAGCGCCUGGCUUCGAGCGGCGCGGACAAGGACGCCGUGCGCCUCAAAGAGACGAUCAACAUCAACAAGAGCUUGAGUGCGCUUGCGGACGUCAUUUCCGCGCUCGGGCAGGGCGCGGGCGCCGCCGCGGCACACGUCCCGUACCGCAACUCGACGCUCACACGGCUCCUCCAGACCAGCCUGAGUGGGUCGAGUAAGACACUUAUGUUGUGUAAUAUCUCGCCGCUCGCCGCGCACCUCGGCGAGACGGUGUGCAGCUUGCGCUUCGCGACAAAGGUCAACUCGACGCCGGCGGGGACUGCGCGGCGUAACCUCAAGUAGAGAUGGACAUUGUUGUGCAUGUAUGCUGUUGUGGGA